AUUGUAAAUAGGGUUUAAUGAUUACAAUAUUUCCACCGGCAAUGGUUGACAUGAAGUUUAUAUUUAACACAUCUAUGACUUACAUAUCACUUGUGUCCACAUUUACUGCCGUUGGAUAUGUCAUUGGAUCAAUGGCUGGAUUUUUAUAUAAAUACAUCGACCGUCAAGUGACCAUGAUAGUGAUGAGCUUUUGUAUGGCAAUAUUUACAACAUUAAUACCGUUUUGUCCAAACAUAUGGUUACUCUACUUAUGCUCAUUCAUCGCGUGUAUCGGUGGCGGCGCGUGGGAUAGCAGUACAUCCGUUUGGAUCAUAGAGUUAUGGGGCGAUCAGUCGGCCCCUUGGCUACAGAUAUCAGGCCUAUUAUACGGCGUGGGCUGUAUUGUGUCGCCAAUGAUUAUCAAACCCUAUCUGACCGGCGAUCUGACCCAUGGGGUCGACACCAGUGCCGACUCAUUGGUCUCCAUAAUGAAUAGCACAUCCGUUGAAGACAUUAAUAAUAUUGUGGACAGACGUGAGCUAAUACAAGUGCCAUAUAUGAUUGUGGGCGCUAUUUGUGCUAUUGGACCCGUGCUAUUGCUGAUAAUGCACAUGGUGAAACGAUAUCACGUGCCUAUGGAUAGAAUAACGGAACAAAAAACAGAAAAUAAACAUGAUCAUUGGGCAGACAGGCCAGAGGGCAAACAA